GGUUCCCCCCCCGGCGGCGCCGAUGGAGAUAAUGGACAGACUGUCCUGGGUGAUGGCGGAGGCCAAAAGACGGAACCCCGAUGCACACGGAGAGAGGGCUCGGAAAAAACUCAGCGGAUUUCGUCAUGAAUCGGGAGUCGAUGCCGCUUCUCCAAGUUAAGCGCCGUUCGUUAAAACUCAUGCAAUCGUGGAAGUGCAGUUUGUCAGAGAUCAGCUGUUCUUCUCUGGCCUCAGCUCUGAAGUCCAACCCGUCCCAUCUUACAGAACUGGGUCUGAGCGGGAACAGAGAUCUGAAAGAUGCUGGAGUGAAGGAGCUCUGUGGUUUUCUACAGACUGCUGAAUGCAGACUGCAGAUAUUGAUAUUAGAGGACUGCAGUUUGUCAGAGAUCAGCUGUUCUUCUCUGGCCUCAGCUCUGAAGUCCAACCCGUCCCAUCUCAGAGAACUGGAUCUCAGCCUUAAUGACUGCAAAGAUGCUGGAGUGAAGGAGCUCUGUGGUUUUCUACAGACUCCUCUCUGUAAAUUACACACAUUGAGGUAA